AUGGACGACCUUGGCGAUGUCAAGAAGGUCGUCGAGGCGGUCCUGAGCGCGUGCUUUGGCGGCAGCCUCGUCGAGCUCCAAGCUGCCGUUAGACAGAUGCUGGCUAUCGGCGGUAAGGAUGAGGCUGAUGGCCAAUCGGAUAAGGUGUCUCAGCAUGCUGACGGCACUUUCAACUGCGUGGAGCUUGCUGCGCUUGAAUCACUGCGGGAUACGAAGAAGCACGGCGUGGCCCAUAUUGCGGCUGCUGGUGGAAAUUUGGACGUUUUGCAGUACAUAUUGACAGCGUUGCCCUCUUUGGCACAUGUGGAAGAUGAAAACGGCGAGAAUCCCCUAUUUUACGCCAUACGUGCGGCCACAGGUCGAGGAAGCUCUGGUGUCAAUGACUCCGACUUCCUGUCUUGCGUGUUGCUAUUGCUGGGACAGUGCGGCCCCAAUUGCGUGAGCAAGAGCGGUGCGAGCCCCCUACACGUCGCGUGCGAAUUAGGCGCCCUAGACAUAUGCCGUUUGCUAGUGGAGAACCACGCUGACGUUGAUGUGUACUCCGACGACUACGGCACGCCGCUGACAGUUGCCGUGAUCCGCGGCUACGUGGACAUCAUAAACUACCUUCUAUCGCAGGGCGCUAACCCAGAUGGCAUGACACGUAACUCUGAAGAUGGCGGGCGUAUCCAUAAAUGCCGUUUCCCGCCUCCGCUGGCCUUCGCAUGCAGCAGCGGCCAGGAACGUGUGUUCGACAUGUUGAUUUCUGCGGGUGCCUCCGUUUCCGUGUGCGACCCGGAUGGCUGGACACCGCUACAUUGCGCGGCCGAGAUGGGUUCCGUCUACAUGGUAGAGAAGCUGUUAGGCCUCAAGGCCGACUGCAACAUCAAGGUGCAGGGCAAGACCCCCUACCACCUGGCUGUGUGGAACGGCCACAGUGCAGUGGCCUCCAUGUUGUCCGACAUAACCGUUGACAAGGGGCCAGUAAACAUAUCGGAACCGUCUGUGGCGCCUCAGGAGGAAUCAGAGCCCGAGCCUGACAGCUGCGCCCCAGCCUUCAACGGCAGCCGUGAGGAACUGGACUGCUUGGUGGCGAAUUUGAAGGAAGAGGGCCGCACAUUCGUCGCCAAUAAAGAUUAUGCCAAUGCAUGCACGUCGUAUUCGAAGGCAAUUGCUCUGCUAACUGGUGUUGCUGACACGGCCGGUGAGCUGUUGUCGGUGCUUCACUCCAACAGGAGCCACACAUAUCUGAUGCUAGGCAAGCUGGAACAGGCUCGGAAGGACGCCGAACGGUGUAUCGCCCUUAACCCAUCGUGGCCGAAAGGGUACUUCCGACUGGCCAGCGUCGACAAGGCCAGCGGAAGGGAGGUCGACUAUUUACACAACCUAUUCCAAGCGUACUCGAGAGAUACGAGCAACACCAGCAUGCGGGAUCUGUUUCAGCGCGAGUUCGAGCGCGCGAGAAACACCUCGAAAUCCAGUUAG